CAGGCAUCUGCUCUCAACAAAAAUGGCGCUUGGAUCGCAGCUAUACACCUUUCUGCUUCUCGCGCCCUUGUCUUUUCUCGCUAUUACCUGUCAAGGAGCGAGCGUUUCCUCAAGUCCUUCCCAAACUUUCAACGGUAUCGGAGGCUCCGGCGCUUGGUGGCCCACUGACCUCUUCAACUUUCCCGAUGACGUCAGGCAAAACCUCAGCACUCUCUUGUUCGACCAAAGCGGUAUGGGGCUUUCUAGCUACAGGUACAACGUCGGUUCUGGCGGGGUGAACGUAUCCAAUCCCACCCGCGCAAUACAGUCAUUCUGGGUGUCUCAAGGAGUUUACAACUGGGACGCGGAUCCAAGCGGUGUCUACUUCAUGCAGCAGGCCGCCCAGCACAACGUCCCAUCCAUCACUGCUUUCGUCAACAGUGCACCUGCCGUUUUGACCUCUGGUCAUGCAAGCUGCAACGGCGACUUUGUGACCGGUACUGGGAACGAGUACGGCCAGUUUGUUGCCGAUGUUGUCUCCCACUGGAGAGGCCAGGGGAUCAACAUUACUCGUGUUUCACCCAUGAACGAACCUGACAGCACUUUCGGGCCGUCGCCUUGUGGUCAGGAGGGAAUGGCUGUCGCUCCCAGUCAGCGAGCUGAGGUCGUCAACGGGCUUUACCAGGCCCUCGAGAACAACGGGCUGACGGGGACUGUCGGUAUCAUUGUAGACGAGUCUAACACGAUGGAGAAGGCUACCAGCGAGUAUUCUGCCUGGCUCCCACAGGUCAAAGACAAGGUCUCCGCCCUAUGUCACCAUACCUACGAGUUCCCCAGCGACAGUGAAUACACUUCCUUUGUACAGGAUGUACAGGCGAAUUACCCUGGGAUAGAAACGUGGAUGUCGGAGAUAUGCUGUUCCUUGGGACAGCCUGAUGGUUCUGGCAAAGGCUACGGCGGAGGCUACGAUCCUACGAUCACCAACGCUUUGAUGUUCUCUGGCAUGGUUUUCCAGAGUCUCGUUCUUGCUGGAGAACCACAUUAUGACUUCUGGACAUUGGUAUCCAAUGCAAUCGGAUGCUCCCCUGGCUCGAGUUCUUCGUGCAACCCCAGCGUGGCAAACAGUGGUGGAUGGACGGAUGGACUCAUAUAUUACGACUCGAAUUAUGCUUCAAACGGAAACCACAACCUUUACUUGACGAAACACUUCUGGACCUAUAAACAUUUUGGCAACUUUGUUAAACCCGGUAGCCAACGUCGCGCCAUCACCGGUGAUGGUUCUACCGAGACCAUGAUGGCCGUCACCGACUCCAGCAACUACUACGUUCUCGCCAUGAAUACAGGAACCAGCUCAACUAGCCUCAGCCUUACCUUCCCGGAAACCGUCUGCGGUACGGCAGCUGUACGCACGUCCUCGAGCGAAGAUUUCACCUCUAUCGGUGCGGCCACACAGUCGAAUGGGGCGUGGACGCUGCCGUUGAACGCGUUGAGCUUGACGACAUUCACGUUCAAGAAGGGGUCUUGUCAGGCAUUGUAG